AUGACACCAGAUCGGCCCACCAAGAGGUCCCGGAGCCGACUUGGGGCACUCUGCACUCGAUUAAGCUCCAGACAUGCUUCGGAUGGCGAAACUACUCCUUUGACACAUAAAGCUACUGCAGCGCAAGGCGCGACCAUUCCUAGCUCGGACAACUCUUCCCACCGAGUUCAAACCCAAGAACCCUCAAGCGCUCCAAGCUCGGGGAUUAAUUUGGCCAUCUCACCUGAGAGUACUACUGCGGUCUUGGCUGGUUCUGUUGCAUCCAACAAUGAUUCAGCCCACCAAUCAGCGGAUGAUAAUCAGUCCGGCUCAGCGUCAGUUGCCCACGACGAUGCCACUGUCUCCGUUUCCCAAGAACUCUGGGAUACAGCUCUCGAAAAUUUGAAAGCCUCUGAGGAAGAGCCACAGAUCGUUAAGAUCAUCGAGGAUUUUAUCAACAAGGCCUCGGGAACACCUACAGACCCUGCAGAUGCACAAGAUAUUAUGACCCGUAUCAAGAAGGAAAUGGAGCAGGAGAUAGAUAGCCGUCGACACGACGGCAGAACGACACGUUUCAUCAAAAGCGUUGUCUCCUCACUCAACAAGUUUGUAUCGGUUGGCGAUGUCGCUGUUAGCUUCGAUCCAGCACACGCCGCCCUUCCGUGGGCUGCAGUACGGGCUGUGCUUGUGAUGAUCACUGCCGGAAGCGAUCUUAGAAAUCGCUUGAUUGAGGGGAUCGCCAUGGUUACAUCCCUGUUCCUCACCGCCAAAAUGUAUCUGCGACUAUACCUGAUCACAGAUCUGAGCAUCAAGUCGUUACCCCACGACGUCCUGAAAAGCUUCAAGACUGCCAUUGUUGAAACAUACACCGGCUCAAUGCAGUUUCUGGGCUAUGCGGUGCGACAGCAACAGCAGAAGACCAGGCACCUCAAGGCCCCUAUGCAACUAGACACCGUGGCAGAUCAUCUGACGAAUCUGAACAGACUCGGGCAGCGGCUUCGCCAGGCAGGAGACGAUUGCGAGAAGUUUUGUAGUUUCAAAGACCGUGCAACGGCUCAGGGGCUCCUCAGAACUGUCAACGACUUGCAAAAGGCACUAGAAGGCUCUUUCGCCAUGAUUGCGGAUGAUGGUCUUCAACUUGCCGAGUUUGUUCAGGAUGCGAAACGCUUUGUUCUAGCAUCCAACUCCACGAUAAGCAGAUUCCCAUUGCAAGCCUACAACUCAGCCCUCGUCUUUGCCCCAGAGGCAAGCAUCGUCCACCUUGUCGCAUACAAGGACGAAAAGUUGGCAUGGGUGGACUUAUUCGAGACCAUCAUCGUUAACCCCAAAGAGCCAGAGAAAUUUGGGAACGUGAGCGACGAAGUGGGGGGGCAAUUCGAGGUAUUGAUCAGCUUUUCAGGAGAUGGGAAACUCCUUGCCUCACUCUGUGGGUGGGAAUCUUUGGUACUCAAUGUGUGGGAUACCGAUAUGGCAUUCAAGGACGCCAGAAUCUCCCAUACCAGUAAUGUGGAUGAGAUGAUUUUCACGGCAGACCCCGACACUCUGCUAUCUCGAGGGCCUUAUGAUGUCAUACUUUGGGACGUUCCAACAGGCAACCACAAACAAACAAUUCGCUUUUGGGGCGAUAGCGAUUCAGAGGACGAUAGCGAUUCAGAGGCGAACCAUCCAACUGAAAAUCCAAUAGACACCGUGGCCGUCUCGAAACAUGCCCCUCUCGUUGCUCUGGGUAGCCGUGGGGGCAGGGUUGAUAUCUGGAACUUGAAAUUGGGUUCUUAUGUGCGAACACUGUUUACCGAGCAUCCGAGAAUUAAUGCGCUUUCUUUCACAGACGGUGGGGAAAAGCUAGUGUCGAGCUCGUCGUCCUAUGGUAUCAAAAAGGAAACUGCCAUUGAGAUAUGGGAUACCGAUAUCGGGGCCCGGGUCGAGGCACCGUAUCGGUGUAAGCGUUCUGUUCAAGAGGUAGCAUUUUCACCCAAUGGCAAGGAGGUAGUCAUCUCCGAGAGGGUUGAACCAAGCAAGUCAUUCAUCACAGACGUUCACAAUAUAUCAACAGGGGUGAACUAUGGGCAAGUUACUAUGGGAUUGCGACUUGCGUUCUCACCUGAUGGACGAUACAUCUUUGGGCUGAGUACUUCCUCGGAGAAAUCCAAGCUUUGGUCAGGCUAUCAGUGGGUUACUGCAACAGGGGAAUGUGUGUACAAGUGGCGAGGAGGGGACGAUUUUCACUUGGACGUCGGUGGUAUGGACAUGGAGAUUGCGAACUAUGUCGCGUCCAACCUUCAAAGACCAAAGGGCUUUACAAACGGAUACUACAUGGAUGGAGAGAAGCGAUGGCUCAUGAAGGAUGGUCAAAGGCUUCUUUGGCUGCCUUUCGGAUAUGAAGUGAGGUGUGUAGCGGCCACUGGGUCAGUCAUCGCUAUUGGGUUUAACGGGGGGUGGGUCAUGAUGCUUCAAGAGAAGGCAGGAAUAUCGACGGAGGUGGAGAUGAGCCAGAGUGAUUGA